AUGAGGAUUAUUGUUGCCAUUAUGGCUUUAGGUUUGAUCAAAACUGAUGGUAUAACCUAGGACGGAAGCAAAGGUUUAAUGUUGUAUGAAAGCGAAGGAAACCAAUUAGGAUCUUUAACUGAUGUAACAUGGUCACCAACAAUGGCUUGUGGACAGUGCAUUGAUUCAGGAUACAUUUACUGCAGGAAAGGAAUUAACGCUUAAGAGCUUAUUUAGGAUCCUUUCACAUCUGAUUACAUUUGUUGUUAGUCAAAGGAUGCAUGCCCUUAGAUUUCAGAUAUCUCCUAUACUUGCUCUAAUUUCUUCGGAGACAAACUUGAGCAAAAAAGAGUGUGUCCUUUUGUCAGCGGUAGAUGCGGUCAAGGUAAAAAGAAUAUUGUUCUCUCAAAAGUUGGUGAAAAAUAAACAGUAAAAAUAUCAGGAUUAGACAAAGGAUAAACGUGUAUGUACAAGGUUGUUGCGAAAUGCGGAGUUCCAUAAUUUACUUCUGAAUCCAUCACUGGUGUUAAUAUCGACUCAAUAGAAUUAGGACAAGACUGGGAUUCUAGAGCAACAAUAUAGACUGAGGUUGAUUCUCAAACAAGUAAUGAAUCAGCCAGUGAUAAUAAUUAAAAACCCACUCAGGAAUACCAAAGACUUUUAACUAGCGAGUUAGAACAAAAUGAUCUGAAAGUAGGAGCUGAUUUAUGCGAGGACAGAUAGAUGUAUGUGGUCAUUACUGGAGAUCCAGUCAAACUAACUUCUCCAAUUAAUUUGAAUGCUGAUUUCUGGAGUCAAAGUCUAAACUCUUUCAGGGGUGCCUAGGUAUCCUUCUUGCUUUUGCUAGGAAUAUUCAUAUUCUCUUAUUAUGCUUGA